GUGUGUUCAGUUAUGGGAACAAACUACAGAACAUUUCUCUGUUGACAUUUUACAAUUAUUUGCAUUACACGUCACACGUAGCUGCGACAUAUGUAAGCUGCAUCUGCUCGAUAACUUAUAUGGCAUCUGCAUGCUGUUACUCUGCUUAAAUGUCCUUUAAUGCGGUGCUUUUCUUGCUAAUGUAAACAUGAAGAUGCUAGCUGUUGAGUUAUCAGCAUAAUGCAUUGGCAGUUGGGUUUAUCUUAGCUUGUUAUGCAUCCACACCCUACUUACUUGUCAGCUGCAUUCAUUCUCUUUCGCGGCGAUAUUCCACGUAUUUAACACUCUUUAUCAAGAUGCAGGUGCUGCUUCUGAAGGAGCCAAAAGAUGGAGACUCUGAGCCUGAUCCUUACAUCAAGGAGCUGGCUUCACAUGGCCUGAAGGCAACACUUCUUCCUGUGCUAUCUUUUAAGUUUGUUUCAUUAAACACCUUGUCAGAAAAGCUGUUCCAACCAGAGAAACAUGGUGGCCUCAUAUUUACAAGUCCCAGAGCGGUGGAAGCUGUGAAGAUGUGCAUACAGGAAAGAAGAGAAGAGUGGACCAACUCGGUGAGCGACAAAUGGAACACAAAGUCUGUGUACGUGGUGGGGGAAGCAACGGCAGCGUUAGCACGCAGUAUCAGUCUAAACUCCAUCGGCGUGGACACGGGGACGGCACAGGUCUUGUCACGAGUCAUUAUUGAACGGGAGGACACAAAUAUUCCUCCACUUUUCUUCCCUUGUGGUUCCAUCAAAAGAGAAGUCCUGCCCACUGCUUUAAGGGAAAAUGGGGUUCCUCUGGAGACGCUGACUGUCUAUCAAACAGCAGAGCAUCCAGACGUAGACAAAAAUCUGCGUCACUAUUUUGCACAGCAGGGCCUCCCGGCUAGCAUAGCUUUCUUCAGCCCGUCGGGCGUCAAAUUCUGCCUGCAGACCGUGCAGAGGUUAGCUGGUGAGCGGCUAGCGCAAAUAAAGUUUGCUGCCAUCGGGCCCACAACGCGGGAGGCCAUGUUGGCAGAGGGCCUGAGCGUCAGCUGCACUGCGGAGAAGCCCACAGCGGCGCACUUGGCGGUGGCGAUAAGCCAAGCGCUCAAAUAAACCAUACAGCCAUAUGUCUUUAUUGCUGCUUUUCUAUGGAUAUUCUAUUUAUUGUUAAGC